UCAAAUAUGACGAGUGCGCAUGCGUGAAUACUUGCAACGCAGUAUUCUUUGCGAUAGGAAGCACUUUACAUAGAUUGGAUAUGGCUCGUCAGUCGUAUGUGUUACAAUUUAAUCUAAAGAGAGAUAAAAAGCUAGUAUUGUCGGGUUAUUAGAAAAUAAUUAGCAAUGCAAUGUAUCAAGCGUUUAUCAACGGAUACCGUUUGGUCGAGGUAUCGCAUGGCAGGUCCUAUUAUGUUUAUUGUGUCGAAUUAUUCGAGACGGAUAGUGGCACUCGAUAUUUCAGCGAGAGAAGGUAUAGCGAAUUUAGCUCGUUACAUCGUACGCUGAAAAAGGAUAGCACGAAUAUUGCUCCAUUUCCACCGAAAAGAGUAAGGAACUCUCAGCCAAAAGUGCUUGAAUAUAGGCGUGAAGCAUUAGAGGUGUACAUACAGAAAAUGUUGAAACUUCCAGUUGCGAAACAACAGGUGCUUAAUUUUUUAGGUAUUGAAGGUCGUUCAUCGAAUGCAUCAGACAAAAAAGGGCAAAAGCAAACCAAUGAUUUGGGACACGUUCAUCCGAGUUCGUUGGGACAUCAUCCUGUAUUAACUUUUCAUCGUGAUCCAUAUGUCCAAGUUAAUAAAAAUACCAAUCUUCCUGAUAUCGUAACCAACGGUGUUCUUUUAGGGUUGUACAAAUCCUAAACAUAUAUUUAUGAAUUUACUUUAAUCGAGGAAGUUAUUUGUAUUUUUCAAAGUCAAUGAGGAAAAAAAGAAAUUAUGAGGAAGGGAUAUAUUAAAUAUUAAUGAAUCAAGGAUCUUGUGAUAUAUAUACACAUAUAUAGAAAUGAUUUGAAAUAAAAUUUAAUAUGAACGAAAUGUAGCUUAUUAAAUAUGCCUUAGCGUGCAUAAAAACAAAUAUAUAUAUAUAAGCUUCCAUGAAGCAUGUUAAUACGAAAGGAAAAACAAAGAUAAGAAACUUUUGAGAUACUUAUAUCGUAAUUGAAAUAUAUACUAAAAAGUUUGAUAACUGUUCGUUAUAUUAAAGAAGAAAAAUAAAACGUUUUGUACGAUUGUGCCGUUGAGGCUGUGAAAAUGUAAGAAAAUAUAUUUUCUGGGAAUACG